AUGGCCGGACCUAUUGGAUAUCUAUUCCACCGAUCGUCGGGUAAACUCGUUCAUCCUAAAGGAGGUUCCUCUGAUCCAGGGAAUAACACCUCGUUAGUCCUGUAUGAUGACAGGAGCAAUGCCGGCCGGCUCCAAGUUAGGUUCGUACCAGCUGAAGGAUCUGGGCAUUUUGGCUAUAUUCAGCAUGUAUCGAGUGGUAAGAUUGUGCAUCCUCAAGAUGGUCGAUUAGAUUGUGGAGAAAACACCCACCUAGUCUAUCAUUCUGAUCGCCAUGGAGGCGCCCUCUUUGCAUUUAAUGAAGGUGAACGCAUUGUGCAUAAAGGAGGAAAGAUCUGGCAUCCUGAAGGAGGAGCACUCAAUCCUGGCAACGACACACUGUGCCUUCUACACUCUGACGCGCACCAUGCUGCCAAAUUCUAUUUUGGCGAUUUGAAUGGCACAAAAAUGUCCCCAUAUCCAGAUCCAAGCCUCAGCGGGUCCUGGGAAAUGGUAAAGGCUUUCAUUUCGCACGAUUUUGUGAUUUAA